UCAGCCCAGCGCACCAUCUGCUGCACAGACGACAGCAAAGUAGGAGCCUACCUCAUAACCCUUGUUGGUAGUCAUAGCGUUAGGCUGUGGCCACGGCCCAUCUCAACCCACCUUAUCCUGACCCAUUAUGUCGACGGCCGUCAAACUGUUCACCAGAACCUCAUGCCCACCCUCAACGUCCGGGAGACAGCCAUGCCCUGAAUUGCGGUUAGCGUUUACUGGAGCAUGGCAUCGUCGGUCAUGCUGCCGAGCCCGGGCUAUAGCUGACAAUUAUCUACCGCCGCGGCAACCCGACGAGGAGUACAUGAAGGAAUACGCGGGUCUCAAGAACCAGCUCAUGGACAACACGCGCAAAUGCGGGGCUGUAGUGGCAGCGUACCUCCUGCUGACCGUUGACGGCCAGGCCGCCCUAUGUGCCCUUCUCGGCAGCGCCGCCGGGUACGGGUAUCUAGCGUUGUUGUACCGUGACGUGGACAGUUACACAGGAGACACGUUCGUGCCCAUGGUGGAAGCGGAUAAGAUUGAGAAUACCUGGUUGCGACGUCUCGCAAAGCUCGGUUGCGCCUAUCGCCAGGCGCUGCAACCCCGGCUGCUGGUGCCCGUCGGGUUGGCCUGUCUUGCAGCCGCCUAUAACCGCGUGGCGGGCCCGGAUCACUCGUUGGACCUCCUACACCAGGGCUGCUUGCUGGGCGGUUUCUUGUCGUACAAACUGGCCCUGCUGGUGAAGCUGGUGGACGAGCUGACGCCAAAGACGUACGUCGACGCGUUUGAGAGCCGGCCUCGCGUUGAGCCCAUAGAGGACGAGCUCGACAUGUUUGGCCGGCCCAAGCGCCGCGCCAUCCGCAUGCCCACGGAAGCACUGCCCGAGGGCGUUGAGGCCGAGAAGGUCCCGCUGGCUGGGCUUAUACUUUCGAUGGAGGGAGAAGAAGCAGCAGCGGCGGGUCAAGAGGGUGCGGACCAGCGGCAGUCAGCAGCAGCGGCACCUAAGCGGGUGAGCUAGGGAGCCUGAAGACGGGCGCAAAUGGAGGCAGUGGUCGGCUGGUAUAGCGCCCGUGCUAAUGGUCUGGUUUCCAGGGUGGGAAAGUUGGUUGCAGGUGGGCACUUCUAGGGAUUGUGCACAUGUGCGUUGCUGGUUGAAGAGCCGUGCAGCGAUGAGGGGAUGCGCUUACAUGUUGUAUGGGCCUCGGCUGUUCAGCCAGGGUGGGAGCGUGUUAUACUCCCAAGUCAUGCGCCAUAGACACCUGCAUGGAGAUGAGUAUCUGCACAGGACUGGAGUACGAUUGUGGAUGGGAUGCGCUACCUCACUUCUCCCAUGGUUGCAAGCCGUGUGCCAUUCGCAGUUAUCCUCAAGUUUUCCCCAAAUGAACCGAAUGCGUUGGGUGCGUUGGGUGAUGCUGGUUGGCUGGAUGGAGGUUUGUCGAGGGAGGUAGCUUAAGUCUGUAGAGGUGCUGGCUUGAGACGUUGGUUUCUUGCCGUGUAGGUGCAUAAGCUCCUAUAAAGGAUGCCCGAGGCAACAGGAAUGGUUGCAAGAGGGUUCCGAGCGCAAUGGAAGGGCGGGGCGGCUUCAGGGUGCUGCGCGGUGGGCAGUAGCACAGGCUAUCUGCAGGGCACCGUAAUGUUUUGUUGUAUGUUGUAUAUUUCCGGACGCUGUAAGCCAAGCAGUAUGAGCAUUGAGGGCAGCGCAAACGAGUGGCAGGCUGAGUACGCUCAUGUACGGGAUAAGUAGCUGUGCAUCCCCGCGCGCAUGCCAAUACAAUACCAACUUAACCUUGCAUUUUGCGCUUAUGCCCAAAGUUGUUGUCAGCACAAUCCUGCGGCGCUCGCAGAGGCUUGGGGGCACCGGAAUGGUGAGGAACUGUCUCCGCGACGCCUGUGAGAGGACGAAUUCGGAUACUUUGUUUUUGGCGGGCCUCAUUGGCUGAGAAUGCUGCCGCUUACGCACCAGGAUGGCUAUUUUUCCAUGCACCAUUCCGUACCGGGAUACGGGACAGAAAUACCAACCGAUUGGGACAACACGGUGUACGUGCAAUCAGUAGGUUUCACAUGUCUGUAGUAGGCUGCGGGCAGAAGGGGUACAAGACCCCCAUGGGCAGACAUGGCAAGGUAUGCCCACGCAAAACUUAGUAUAGUGACUCAGG